AUGGAAAAGCCAAGGAGAUAUCUCUCUUACACUCCUCUGAAAGUUUCCUUAGUCAAUGUGUAUAGGGAAAUUUGCCACACUGAAAGGCUUCCACCCCCUAGGCCCAUCAAGAACAAAAAGGGGGAAAGUCGUAGCGACUACUGCGAAUACCACAAGAUGUACAACCAUCCUACAAACGACUGUUAUGACCUCAAAAACGUGAUAGAAAAGCUAGCCAGAGAAGGUCGGCUCGACAGAUAUCUCGUAGAGAGGUCAGACAAUCAUGGAAAAAAGAAGCGAGAGGAUAGUGAUCGAAGAUACCGACCACCACAGACCCCAGAGAGACAUGUACACAUGAUCUCAGGAGGGUUCGGAGGAGGAGGGCUCACCAUGUCAUCUCGUAAGAGACAUCUAAAGCGGGUCUAUCAAGUCGGGAACAAGACUCCUGAUCUCCCAACCAUCUCGUUCACCAAAGAGGAUGGGCAAGGGAUCAUGCCUGGGCACGACGACCCGGUGGUGAUAACCAUGAUUUUGGCGAAUGCCAAUCUCCACAGAACCUUAGUGGACCAAGGGAGUUCAGCUGACAUCCUCUUCAAGCUUGCAUUCGACAAGUUAGGGUUGGAUGAAAGGGAGCUAAAAGCUUACCCAGACACCCUGUAUGGACUAGGAGACAUGCUAAUAAAGCCACUAGGAUACAUCCCCCUCCACACGACCUUUGGAAAGGGGAAAAAUUCCAAAACUCUGAGCAUCGACUUUAUCGUCAUUGAUGUCGGGUCAGCGUAA